UCCUCCUCCUCAGCUCUGAGCCGGGACUCUUCUCUCAGACGACUGCGUCUUUGCUCUGCACAUAACAUCAAACAUCACAACACAUCUGGCCUUUAAACACGUGCAUCAGUGCAGCAACAGUUCUCCAAAACCCCCCGAACAACAAACCGCCCAGUAUUCUAUAUAAAGACAACUAAACGGACACUCUGGAAGUGUUUUCGUGGUGUUUUCCCUGGACGUCGGCUUUCUGUGCAGUACACUUUGGAAGCAGCUGUUCUCCAGUGUGGAGUUACAGGUUUCAGACUGAUGUGAGUAAGGACUGAGUCAACAUCCGCGAAACUCCUCUUCUUUUGUGUGUGCAUCCUCAGCAAAGGGUUUUCUUUGGGGAUAAUGUGAAUGGCCAUCGGCUGUCUUGAGGAUUGAUGUGUUUGCAGUAAGAAACGAUGGCGAGUUCAGCACUGAAAGCGUCUCUUGGUCUACUUUUCUUUGGACUUUUGUUGCUCACGCUUCCGUCUGCGAGAGCACAAGAAGAUGUGGAGGAGGAGAGAUCCUGUCAGGGCGCCUUCGACUUGUAUUUUGUCCUUGACAAGUCAGGAAGUGUCAAACACCACUGGCACGAAAUCUACAAUUUUGUCGAACAUUUGGCUGAGAAAUUCACCAGCCCAAUGCUGCGAAUGUCCUUCAUCGUGUUCUCAAGCAGAGGAACCACAAUCAUGAGGCUCACGGAGAACAGGGAGAUGAUAAGAAAAGGCCUUAAUGCUCUCCGACGAGAGAUCCCAGGCGGAGAUACAUUCAUGCAUCUUGGUCUACAAAGGGCAAAUGAGCAAAUACACCAGGAAAAUUUUGGAACUGCAAGUGUUAUAAUUGCCCUGACAGACGGUGAGCUUCAAGAACAUCAGCUGAUAGCAGCUCAACAGGAGGCAGCUCGAGCUCGGACACUGGGGGCAAUCGUGUAUUGUGUCGGUGUUAAGGACUUCAAUGAAACACAGCUGGCUACCAUAGCGGACACCAGUAAGCAUGUGUUUCCGGUCUUGGGAGGAUUCCAGGCGCUGAGAGGAAUGAUUGACUCGAUAAUCAAAAAAUCCUGCAUCGAGAUCUUGGCAGCAGAGCCAUCCAGCGUUUGUGCAGGAGAGUCGUUUCAAGUGGUGGUGAGAGGGAACGGGUUUCGACACGCCAGAAACAUCGACCAGGUCCUGUGCAGCUUCAAAAUCAACGACACCGUCACGCUGAACGAGAAGCCUGCGAGCGUGGAAGACACGUUCUUGCUGUGCCCCGCGCCGGUUAUAGAUGAAGUUGGAAAGGUGGUGUACCUGCAAGUCAGCAUGAACGAGGGUCUGUCGUUCAUCACCAGCUCCGUUCACAUCACUACAACGGAGUGUUUCGACGGCACCAUCCUCCUGAUCACCCUGCUGGUGCUAUUUCUAUUGCUGGCUCUGCUGUUUAUGUGGUGGUUCUGGCCGCUUUGCUGCACUGUAGUGAUCAAAGAACCUCCACCUCCUCCACCUCCAGAGCCAGAGUCAGAUGAUGAGGACGGGAUGCCAAAGAAGAAAUGGCCCACGGUGGACGCCUCGUAUUACGGCGGUCGAGGAGUGGGAGGAAUUAAACGAAUGGAGGUUCGUUGGGGAGGCAAGGGCUCUACGGAGGAGGGAGCCAAGCUGGAAAAACCCAAAAACGCUGUCGUAAAGAUGCCUGAGCAGGAGUUCGAACCCUUUGAACCCAAGCCCAAGAAACAAGACAACAGGAAGCGAGCUCAAGACAGGAAGUGGUAUUCUCCCAUUAGGGGUAAACUCGACGCGAUCCUGGCUCUUUUCAGACGUGGAUAUGAUCAAGUUUCACUUAUGAGGCCACAGCCGGGAGAUCAUGGUCGAUGCAUCAACUUCCAACGGGUCAAAGAGGAAGCAGCGGCUGCCAAAGCUCCUCCUCGAGCUCAGAGCCCAGCUCCACCUCCUCCAGACUACCAGCUCGUCCCCAGCGCACCUCCACCCGGACCUCCGCCCGCCCGCAUCCCUCCCUGUCCCCCGCCGACCCGAGCCCCGCCGAGACCCUGAGAGAAGCACCAGCCCUCAGUGCAGUCCAUCCUACCAACACCUCCACUUCCAUAACCUGCUUAAAGUGUUCGCACACUCAUUUUGAACUUAUACAACAAAAAAAAUCUUUAGUACUUAAACUUAAGAUCAUCUAAGUGUUCUAUUUAUGGGCACUAUAAAUACGAACUAAAAAGGCACUAUUGACAUACUAUCUCUGUAUUUAAAAACCGUAUUUAGUCACCAUCUUUCACACACUAUUGCAGUUAAGUGUACUAUAAGCAGCGUAAUGUUUUUUAAUGCAAAGAUAGUAUCUUAAAAGCACAUGUUGGUUUAUAUUCAUGGUGUCCCAAAAUAGCACAGUUGAGUACACACCGUAAGUUUAUUUUAAGAAGCACUAAAGAAUAUUUUUUAGUAUAUUAAGUACAAAGUUAGUGCACGGACACAGAGCACAUUAUGGAAGUGUACUUUUUUUUAACUUGGGAAACCAAAAAAGCCACACGCUAUUUAUCGCUCAGCUUCGAUUGGGAUGUGCUGUGUCGUUUGUUGCUGGACAGCAAAACAUUGUAAGAAAAGCAAAAAGAAAUAACUGUCGUGACAAAAAUUCAACUACUGAGUUUUCCGUACGCAGAUUAAGAGUGUGUUUUCAGCUUCAUCAGGCUGGACGAAUCGUUCAUGUACAGUGUUUUAAAGCACAUAUGAAUCCUAUGAGCUUCUGAUAUCAUGCCAAAAUGUCUCAAAUAACCAGUAUUACAUGCUAUGUUAUAUUGUUAGUGCCUCUGGAGUGUUCAGAUUGUACAGUCGUCGAGUCACAGGUUCUCUCAGGUGAGGCUCUGAACCUGUACAGAGGGAAUAUAAUGGCAUGUCAAAAUGUGAGAGGAAUGCAAGUGAUGAACUCGUAAAGGCAGGGUCGGACCAUGUCUUUACUCUAGAUUGAUGGUUUUUGGAUUAGGCACGGCGGAUGUGCAGGGUUUGUCUUUAAUCAUGCAGUUGCUGGAAUUCUGACAGAUGCUCGAAGGUGCAAAAGUGGGAUUCAAGAACGGUUUCGAUUUUAUUCCGGAUCUUUUAUCAGCACUGAAACUAAAAAAAAAAGGUAACCUGAAAAAGUGAAAUUUAAUGGUUUUGUUCAAAUCACAAAAUAGUGUUUAGCAUUACUGAAUCAACCUAAAUACAUGCAUUUAUGCCAAAAAAAAAAAAAAAAUUCAUAGGGUUAAACUUUUUCUGGUAACAAUUUCUGGUUACCGCUUUUUACAGAUUGGGUGAAUGUCAUCAAAAUAUAUCCAGGUCACAUUUCACACCAAAAUUUUUAAUUAUGACAUUAUUUUCAUGUCAAUUAAGAGCAUUUAAGCCCAAAAUUCUCAUUGCUGUAUUGCAUCAAGAAUAAUGUUUGGUUAUUACUGUUAUUCUCAGUAGUGUGUAUUUUUAGAUUAUCAUUAUCGUAACACAAUAUUUUAAGUGAAUGUAUAAUGUAUAAAUCCGAAUUGAAGAUGAAAAAAGUUUAACUCUUGGCAGAAACAAGCUUUCAUUAAUAUAUAAUUCAAAUAUCACCAUGAUGUAUAAAUACUAAAUUAUAAUUUUAAAUGACUAUUAUAACAUUCAAAUAUAUAUUUUUUGCAUUACAGUAAUGAGAAUAAGUGGAGCUUCCUAAACGGCAAAUGUCUGAAUGAUAUAAUUAUUUUCUCUGAGUAAUUUUUGUAUUUUUUAUUUUCAUGAGAUCAGGUUUGUUUGUUGUAAAGGUUGAGCCUCUAAAUGCAAAGUCAGGUCAGUUCUCGUCAUGUUUUCUGUAUUCCGCAGCUGUACUGUACUUAUGUUGAUAUUCAUCUUGUUUCCUUUGCGUUUCAUCAUCAAACAUAUUGCAACUGCAGGGCAGUUCACAGCAUUUAAUUUAUUAUCCCCACGUCUAAAGGAAGGUACUUGAAUAUGACAAGGUGUCCUCUGUUACAAACACGACACUGUGCAUGAAACAACAACAACAACAACAAAAACAUAAAAAAAUAAAUGAAUAAAUGAAUAACUUGCCCUUAGAUAAAGCCAGUGCCUUCGGUCUUUUUUCUUUUCUUAUGUCAUUGAAGUAUGAUACAGUAGCACUGCUUAUACUUUGUUGUAUUAAAGAAAGAUUGGUGCAUGAAUUUAGUUUUCCCUGUUCUCCCCAUUCUGUCAUGAAAGUCAACAAGUAUAAACUUUGUUCAGUUAUUAAAGGAGGUGUAAUGUGGACCAAACCAAAGCCGUAGACGCGAGAGCUGCAGUGUGAUACAUAGGUCUGUGCUUUUGUUUAAAUUUUUUGUCAUUUUAUUUGCUUGUCAAAUCAUUUGAAACAUUGUGAUCUGUACUAUUCCACAAAAAAAGAUGAUACCAGAAUUAUAAAUCACAAUUAUAUUGUGUAAUGAUGUAGUAAGUGUAUUAACAACAAUACUGGUGCAUCUAAUGAAAGGCUCAUAAAGUUGACUUCACAGUAUUAAUAAAGCUCGACUCUAAAGCUU